AUGACUUUAGAGCAAAAAGUCAAUAUUACAACUGGCUUAGGCUGGAUGGUUGGACCAUGUAUUGGAAACAGUGGUCGUACAAGAGACCCUGAUUUCCCAGAGUUAUGCUUACAAGAUUCUCCUUUAGGAAUUAGAAUGACGGAUGGCGUUAGUUCCGGUGUUGCUGGUAUCAAUGCUGCUGCUAGUUUUGACAAAUUGGCUAUUCGUCAACGAGGAGAAUACAUGGGGGCUGAGUUUCGUGCAAAGGGGAUUCAUACUCAAUUAGGUCCCUCCAUGAAUAUGAUGAGAUCGCCUUAUGCUGGUAGAAAUUGGGAGGCAUUUGGUGAAGACCCUUAUUUGGUAGGCGUUGCCUCUGCAGAAACUAUUCAGGGUAUCCAAAGCAAAGGAGUGCAUUCAAUUCAUAUUGAUGAACGUACCCUUCAUGAAGUAUACUUGUGGCCAUUUGCAAGAUCAGUUGAAGUUGGUGUUGUCUCUGUUAUGUGUGCUUAUAAUAAAUUUGAAAACACAUAUGCAUGUGAAAAUAACUAUAUCCUUAACCAUUUGUUGAAAGGUGAAUUGGGUUUUAAAGGAUUUGUUCAAAGUGAUUGGAGUGCAACACAUUCAACCGAAGAUAGUGCUAACAACGGUCUAGAUAUGACUAUGCCUGGUGAUAUUUUCUUUAACUCAGGCGAUUCUUAUUUUGGAGCCAAUUUGACAAAAGCCGUUCAUACUGGUAAAGUUACGGAGGAUAGAGUAACUGAUAUGGCAAUGAGGAUUGUUGCCUCUUGGUAUAAAGGAUUCCCUGAAGUUAAUUUUGAUAGUUUUAGGCCCGAGAGAAGUCAACAUGUUGAUGUUCAAGAAAAUCAUAAACAUUUAAUUAGACAAAUGGGAGCCGCUUCUAUUGUUUUAUUAAAGAACGCUGAUAACAUUCUUCCACUAACAGAUGCAAAAAAGUUAGCCAUCAUUGGAUCAGACGCAGGACCUAAUCCUAUGGGGCUUAAUAGUUGUGCAGAUCAAGGAUGCAAUAUUGGAACUUUAGCACAAGGAUGGGGCUCUGGCACCGCACUUUUCCCUUACUUAAUUACUCCUUUAGAUGGUAUUCGUAAAAGAGCUGGUACUGAUAUGAUCAUUACUGCACAUUUAAGAGAUGAUGAUCUUGAAAACGCAGCUAGAUAUGCAUCAAAUGCUGAUGUCGCUCUUGUCUUUGUCAAUGCUGAUUCUGGCGAAGAAUUUAUUACAGUAGAAGGACAUAAAGGUGAUCGAAAUCACCUCCACCUCUGGCAUGAUGGUGACAAAUUAGUCAAUGCAGUUGCAGACGCUAAUAAAAACACCAUUGUUGUAAUUCAUUCAGUUGGACCUGUUCUUAUGCCUUGGAUAAAUCAUCCUAAUAUUAAAGCUAUUGUUUGGCCAGGACUACCUGGUCAAGAAACUGGUAAUUCUCUAGCUGAUGUUUUAUUUGGUGAUGUUAAUCCAUCUGGAAGAUUACCAUAUACUAUUGCUAAAAAUGAAGCGGAUUAUCCUACUAACAUUGCAUCUGAAAUGACUUGUAGAUAUUCGGAGGGUCUUUACAUUGGCUAUCGUUGGUUUGAUGAGCAUAAAAUUGAACCUCUUUUUGAAUUUGGAUAUGGGCUUUCAUAUACUAAAUUUAAAUAUUCUGAAGGAAGAGUUAAUAUUAUUAAUGGCAACUCACGAGAUUCUAAUGUGAAAGUAUCAGUCAGUAUUACAAUUACAAAUGUGGGACAUCUUGAUGGAGCUGAAAUACCUCAGCUUUACCUCUCCUUCCCUAAAAUAGCCAAUGAACCGCCUCAAGUACUUCGUGGCUUUGAAAAGGUUUUCAUCCAAAGAGAAUCAUCUCAGUCAAUCCACUUUGAGCUUACGAAGAUUGAACUUAGUUAUUAUGAUGCCAGCUCUCAUCAAUGGAUUGUACCAGAAGGUGAAUUUACGUUACAUAUUGGAUCUAGUAGUAGAGAUAUAAAAUAUACUGGUUCAUUUGAAUUGAAUUGA